CAGCAAAGAAGUUCAGACAGCACUGGCUCAGGCAAAUAAAGUGGCAGAAGAGACGAUAUCAGGCAUGAGGACAGUGCGAAGUUUUGCAAAUGAAGAUGAAGAGUGCGACUUGUAUCACAGCAAGCUGCAGGAGAUGUUCAGCCUUAACAAAAAGCAAGCGCUUGCCUACACCUGCUUUAUGUGGUCCAGCUAUAUCACUGAGUUCGGCUUAUAUAUAACAAUUCUUUUUUACGGAGGUCACCUGGUAGUGACCAAUCAAAUGACUGGAGGGACCCUUAUUUCCUUUAUCAUUUAUGAGCUGGAGCUCGGAGAGGCCCUGGAGAAUAUAUCAUCAGUGUACACGGGUCUGAUGCAGGGUGUUGGUGCUGCAGAGAAAGUGUUUGAAUAUAUUGACAGGAAACCUGAUCAUUCUCUUGAUGGCCAAGAAGCGCCUGAGACAUUUGAAGGGCAGGUGGAAUUUAAAAAUGUGACAUUUGCCUAUCCAACACGACCAGAGAUGGAAAUAUUGAAGAAUGUGUCCUUCAGUCUUCGUCCAGGGCAAAUAACUGCACUGGUAGGGCCCUCUGGUGGUGGCAAGAGCUCAUGUGUGUGUUUGCUAGAGAACUUCUAUGCCCCUCAGCAGGGCCAGGUGCUGGUGGAUGGCCGACCUGCUAACACCUACCAGCACAAAUAUUAUCACUCUAAGGUUGCACUAGUGGGUCAGGAACCUGUUUUGUUUGGCCGCACUGUUCAGAUGAACAUCUCCUAUGGUUUGCCUGAAGCUUCCAUGGAGGCUGUGAUCAGAUCUGCCAUUAAUGCCAAUGUGCAUGACUUCAUAACUGGCCUCCCAAAAGGCUAUGACACUGAGGUCGGGGAUAAAGGCACUCAGCUGUCUGGAGGCCAAAAGCAGAGAGUUGCUGUUGCUCGAGCACUCAUCAGAAACCCUCGCAUUCUCAUUUUGGAUGAAGCCACCAGUGCUCUUGAUUCAGAAAGCGAAUACAUAGUUCAGCAAGCUUUGAAUAACUUGAUGCGUGAGCACACGGUUUUAGUGAUAGCCCACCGGUUGAGCACAGUAGAGAAAGCGGACAACAUCCUAGUGAUUGACAAAGGUACUGUGGUGGAGCAGGGCCCUCAUGCCGAACUCAUGGCCAAAGGAGGCCUCUACUGCAAGCUUGUUCAUAGACAGAUUAUGGGGGCUGAAAUGGCGGUAGAGGAUCUCAAUCCACCCCCACCUGCACCACGGGCACUAAAAGAAGUGGAUAAGGAAAGUGAAGAUGACUGCAGUGACAAAGAGUUUGAAGCACGUAGAGCAAGUUUUUACGGUAGCUUCAUUGAACUUUUCAACCCGUGUUGGAAGAUGAGGGUUGCAGUGAUUAUAAGUUGCAACCUGGUUUUCACUCUUGUGGACAUUGUGGUCUCCACAGUCUUGUAUGUCCAUGGAUCAGACCUUGAUAUAUUUGCAGAUGAAUUAGAAGACUUUGAUAUACACAGCUCUACACUGGACCUGUGGGCAACGGUUCUCAUACGGGCCAGUCUUAUUUUUGGUGCCUGUAUAGGUUUGUUCUUUAACAGGAGUGAUGGCCCGCGAAGAGUAUCAAACCUGGGCACGCUGGUUUCUCUUGUCUGCCUUACCAAUAUGACUUAUGCUGUGGCCAAGAUGUUGAUUCUUUCUGAGGAGGGCAAUCUAAUGUAUGAUCCAUGGUUCCAGAGUUUGUUCUCGUGGACUUGUUUAUCAGCAAUAGGCACCAUGGUCUUAUGGAAUCAGCUGGCUCGGGCUACAAGUGUUGCAUCUGAUAGGAAUGAUGGCGAGGAGACGGAGAGAUUAAUGGAUAGUGUUGACACAGAAGAUGAGUACAGCGAGAAGAGCAAGAAGGCACAAAAUGAAGAGUCCCAUUCAGGGGCCACUAUUGGCCGUCUGUUGUCGUACUGUAAGAAGGACUCUGCAUUGCUGUCCGUUGCUUUUUUCUGUCUUCUCCUCUCUGCUGUGUGUGAAUCAUUUAUACCGUUUUACACAGGGAGCGCAAUAGAUGGCAUAGUUAUCCAUAAAAGCAUGGAUAGUUUUACCAAACCAAUAGUUACUCUCACUGUGUUGGCUUUGAUCAGCUCCAUAGCUAGUGGGUUUCGUGGAGGAGUCUUCUCUUUAACAUUUGCCCGGUUGAACAUUCGCCUGCGAAACCUUCUUUUCAGAUCACUACUGCACCAAGAUAUUGGUUUCUUUGAUGCCAAUCAUACGGGUGAUAUUACCUCUAGACUUACAUCAGACACUACUCAGGUGAGCGAUCUCAUCUCACAAAAUGUGAACCUGUUCCUGCGGAGCUUCGUGAAGGCCCUGGGCAUGUUCAUAUUCAUGUUUGGGAUGUCCUGGAAGUUGUCUCUAGUCACCAUCUUGGGCUUCCCAUACAUCGGUGUCGUCUCUAAGCUUUACGGAGAAUAUUACAAGAAACUAACCAAAGAAGUUCAGACAGCACUGGCUCAGGCAAAUAAAGUGGCAGAAGAGACGAUAUCAGCCAUGAGGACAGUGCGUAGUUUUGCAAAUGAAGAUCAAGAGUGCGACUCAUACUACAGCAGGCUGCAGGAGAUGUUCAGCCUUAACAAAAAGCAAGCUGUUGCCUACGCCUGCUUCAUGUGGUCCAGCUAUAUCACUGAGUUGGGCUUACAAAUAACAAUCCUUUUUUACGGAGGUCACCUGGUAGUGACAAAUCAAAUGACUGGAGGGACCCUUAUUUCCUUUAUCAUUUAUGAGCUGGAGCUCGGAGAGGCCCUGGAGAAUAUAUCAUCAGUGUACACGGGUCUGAUGCAGGGUGUUGGUGCUGCAGAGAAAGUCUUUGAAUAUAUUGACAGGAAACCUGAUCAUUCUCUUGAUGGCCAAGAAGCGCCUGAGACAUUUGAAGGGCAGGUGGAAUUUAAAAAUGUGACAUUUGCCUAUCCAACACGACCAGAUAUGGAAAUAUUGAAGAAUGUGUCCUUCAGUCUUCGUCCAGGGCAAAUAACUGCACUGGUAGGGCCCUCUGGUGGUGGCAAGAGCUCAUGUGUGUGUUUGCUGGAGAACUUCUAUGCCCCUCAGCAGGGCCAGGUGCUGGUGGAUGGCCGACCUGCUAACACCUACCAGCACAAAUAUUAUCACUCUAAGGUUGCAUUAGUGGGUCAGGAACCUGUUUUGUUUGCCCGCACUGUUCAGAUGAACAUCUCCUAUGGUUUGCCAGAAGCUUCCCUGGAAUGCGUCAUCAGAUCUGCCAUUAAUGCCAAUGCGCAUGACUUCAUAAUUGGCCUCUCAAACGGCUAUGACACUGGGGUUGGGGAGAAAGGCACUCAGCUGUCUGGAGGCCAAAAGCAGAGAGUUGCUGUUGCUCGAGCACUCAUCAGAAACCCUCGCAUUCUCAUUCUGGAUGAAGCCACCAGUGCUCUUGAUUCAGAAAGCGAAUACAUAGUUCAGCAAGCUUUGAAUAACUUGAUGCGUGAGCACACGGUUUUAGUGAUAGCCCACAGGUUGAGCACAGUAGAGAGAGCGGACAACAUCCUAGUGAUUGACAAAGGUACUGUGGUGGAGCAGGGCCCUCAUGCCGAACUCAUGGCCAAAGGAGGCCUCUACUGCAAGCUUGUUCAUAGACAGAUUAUGGGGGCUGAAAUGGAGGUAGAGGAUCUCAAUCCACCCCCACCUGCACCACGGGCACUAAAAGAAGUGGAUAAGGAAAGUGAAGAUGACUGCAGUGACAAAGAAUAUGAAGCACGAUAUUAGAGGAGGUUGAUAAAUGUUUUAUUUAUUUUUUUAUUUGGAGGCUUUAACUGUAAACUGAUAUUUUAUACUGUGUGUUUGGAAACUUACAUAGUGUGCUUGUCAAAGAAUAUGUUUACUAGACUGGGAUAUUACAGUUCUUGAAUAAAGCACUUGAUAUACUUGAAGUACUGUACAUUUGUUUGCAAAUGUAACUGUCCAAAUAACUUAUUCUGUUAUUAAGCCUAAUUAAA